AUGGCUUCUAAUAAACUCGAACAAGCGUUGCAGGCGCUUGAUGAUGCCCACUCAGAUGACCCCAAUAUUGUGACAAUUGACCAGAAACAAAUUCCCUACGAGCUCCAUUAUGCCGACAAGAUGACGAAAUACCUUACCCUUCACCAACCCUCUGCUUCAGAACUUCUCCGGCUAGCAGUCCGUGCUCAGCAUCUUCGUCGGUGGGAGAUACCUCGGUCGUCAUACCCCAUGAAUAAAAUGGGGUAUCUGUCAUGGAGAGCCGCGCUGAAAAAGCGUCAUGCCAGUUUGGCUGAGGAGAUUUGUUUAGAUUGCGGCUACUCAGCAGAGGAAGCGGCGAAAGUUGCGGCACUGGUUCGCAAGGAGAAUAUGAAGACGGAUGAAGAGUGCCAGGUCUUAGAGGAUGUCGCGUGCCUGGUGUUCUUGGAUGAUAAAUUCGAGGAAUUCGAGCGAGAGCAUGAUGAGGAGAAGGUGAUAGGAAUUUUGAGGAAGACUUGGGGCAAAAUGUCUGAGAGAGGACAUGAGUUAGCUCUCAAUAUCCCUCUCUCGAGUAAAAGCAAGGAGCUGAUUGCAAGGGCUUUGUCAUAG